UCCACACUCACAUCCUCUCACUAUCUCACUGCACUCCUCACUUUCUUGAUUUCCCUUCAUUUCUUUUUCUUCCUCACCCAUACUUCCCUCUCCCAUUCUUCAAACAAUCGAAACACACACAAUCAAACUUCUCUCUUCACACAAUUUCUUGAAUUUCUUGAAAUCCCAAAUCACCAUGCCAAAAAGCUGCCUGAUUUCCACUGCUGCAUUACUCUCAUCACUUCUCCAUCUCAUUCCUCUUCUUUGAAGAAACGGGAAGCCGAAAAAUCCCAUCUUUUUCUGCCCCUUUUGUUCACAUAGUGGAGAAAUCGCUCAAUCAUAUAUGAAUCGGUGGAAAAAUGAGAGAUGACAACUCCAAGAAAAGCAAGUUUACAUGGCCCAAGACAUUGGUGAAGAAAUGGCUCAACAUCAAAGGCAAAACUGAGGAUUUUCACGCCGAUGACAUCAUUUCCGGAGGUGUUGAUGAAGAAUGGAGGAACAAUUUCAGAGAGAGGGAGGAGGCAUGCACUAUCAAGAAAAGCAAAACAGAGAGAUCAGGGAGACGAACCUCGGAUCGUCUCCGGAGAAGUAAGGUUGAUCUUGAGGCGUCUCACCUCACAGAUGUGAAUAACUACAGAAUCUUUGUGGCAACAUGGAAUGUGGCUGGGAAAUCUCCUCCUAGUUGUUUGAAUCUUGAGGAAUGGCUGCACACUUCACCUCCUGCUGAUGUUUAUGUCCUAGGGUUUCAAGAAAUUGUGCCUUUGAACGCUGGUAAUGUUUUGGGCACAGAAGAUAAUGGCCCUGCUAAGAAAUGGCUGGCACUUAUUCGAGAAACGUUGAAUAGUCUACCGGGGAGUAGUGGCAACUGUCACACUCCCUCACCUGUGCCUGACCCUAUUGUUGAGUUAGAUGAUGAUUUUGAAGGGUCUAAUUCCUGUAGGGAGAAGAUUCCCUCUUUCUUCCAGCGCCGUUCCUUCCAGUCAUUGAGCCGUAGCAUGAGAGUGAUGGAGUAUAUGUCGCAACCAAGGCUUGAACGUAGGUACAGUGUCUGUGAUAGGGCUAUGUACGAGCAUAGCAGGCUGAAUGAUUAUAGUUUUGAUCCGAAUGGGAGGUGGGAUUGCUCCUCGGAUGAUGAUAAUAACAACGGACUGAGUGAGUCACAUUGCACUUAUUCUUCGCCCGUUCCAUACAAUGGUUCUGCUUCUAUGGACGAUAGAGAUAGGGGUCCCGUUCAGUCGAGGUAUUGCUUGGUUGCAAGCAAGCAAAUGGUGGGGAUAUUUCUCACCGUUUGGAUUAAGAGGGAUUUGAGAGAUGCUGUGCGGAAUCUGAAGGUCUCGUGUGUAGGUCGAGGCUUGAUGGGCUAUCUUGGAAACAAGGGUUCAAUAUCUAUCAGCAUGUCUUUGCACCAAACGAGCUUUUGCUUCGUUUGUAGCCAUUUGACGUCUGGAGAGAAGGAUGGCGAUGAGCUGAGGAGGAAUUCCGAUGUCAUGGAGAUUUUGAGGAAAACACGGUUCCCACGAGUUCAUGGAGUAGGUGAUGAGAAAUCUCCUCAAACAAUUCUUGAGCAUGAUCGAAUCAUAUGGCUCGGGGACUUGAACUACCGAAUAGCCCUUUCUUACCAAUGUGCAAAAGCUCUCGUUGAGAUGAGGAACUGGAGAGUUUUGUUAGAAAAUGACCAGCUUAGUAUAGAGCAGAGACACGGGAGAGUCUUUACCAGAUGGAAUGAAGGGAGGAUAUAUUUCCCUCCAACAUACAAAUAUUCGAAUAACUCUGACCGGUAUGCUGGCGAAGAUAUGCAUCCAAAAGAGAAACGUAGAACACCAGCAUGGUGCGAUCGUAUACUAUGGCAUGGCCAUGGUAUUCAACAACUAUCAUAUGUUCGUGGGGAGUCCAGAUUCUCGGAUCACAGGCCCGUGUACAGUAUAUUUCUGGCAGAAGUCGAGUCCAUCAACCGCAGCCGCAUCAGGAAAAAUAUGGCUUAUUCAAGCUCAAGAGUUGAGGUUGAAGAAAUGCUGCCAUAUGCACAUGGAUAUCUUCAACCAAAUUUCUUCUAAAUGGAAUUCACAUUCGGAUCUUGUGUUUGAACAUGAGACUAGCUGCUGCCCCUCAACAAGUAUAAAACUCUUUCAUGGAGUGAAGUUCCUAUAAUUCAAUGGCUGAUUUAGGAGUCACCCUUUGAUGAUUUGAGAGUAGAAUCCCGACUCAUUGCUAAACGUACGGAGCAUUCAUAACUCGUCUUCAAAAGUGACAUCAAAUACAAGAUUGCAGCAAAUAGUUCGGUGAGAAAUUACAGCCUUGCUCAUUGUAAUCACAAGUUUCUCGUUUGAUAUCGAAGGUUUAUGGUUUUGCAAAACGCGAUAUGCUAAGCCAUUUCAAUUAGAUGUAGAAACUCAAAUUCUUCUAGGAAGAUUUGUACACAUUAGAAAUCAUGGCCUAUUGAAGAUGGCUAAUUCAACUGUAAAUGAGCAUUGUAUUCAAGAACAUUUUUUUAUGAGGGCAAAUUCUUUGAUA